GUCAUUUUGUCCAAAGCUCCUCACUGUUCACAUCGAAGAUGGCGGCAGGCUUUGACCUGCUAUAUAAGGAUUUCUGUAUUAAAAGAGUGGGAAAGAAACUUUUUACCGACACUUCAGGUUGUAUUAGAUUAGACGUUUCCACAUCUUGCCAUAAUAAGUUUGAGGUAAGCGCCCAGGCAGCCGGAAAAUCACCCCGCUGACUCCGGGAAAAGAGGCAAUUCAACUAGCUAAUGUUGACAUUUUGCGAGCUCUUGUACAUAUGAACAUAAUGAAAGCAGUCGCUCUUCAAGUGUGUUAGAUGAUUAUUUCUCCCAAGAGCAUUGUUACUAAUGGACUUGAGGUGACACGGGGCGCUUGUCAAAUCCUUAUUGACAUUGUGACACGAGACUCCCAUUCACUCACGCUUGUUUCCUUCGAAAAGCAACUGGAGGGAAAAGCCGAUGAAAACCCAAACUUCAUGAACUGAUGUGCCAGAGGCACAGAUGGAAGACAGCUAAGGCGAUCCGGUGUUUCUUAAUGCUAUGGUAACUACUUUGAUCGGGACGUCCACAGUGCAAACUUUGAACGGAGGCAAUGCAAUGGAUCCGCACACUGAAAGCGGCACUCCAGUGUCCAGUGGUCCAUCAUCAUCAUCGUCAGACGACGCUUCAACUUCUGUCCCGGUUGUUAAUAACGGGCCCGGGGUGGCGAAAGGACUCGGAAACGUCACGGUCGCCCCAAGCCCAAACACAGUGAUACAGUCUUCUUUCGGGACUCUUCCAGCCGCAGCAUCCAGUGCAGGACCCUCAGUGACAGUUGUCAGGCCAUCUAUGCAAACUGCUGGAACAGGUUUAACUAUUAACGGAAGUAAUAAUAAUACCACCGUUUCUGUAGCCAAUGUAGCGACCCCGGGAAUAACUACUACUUCAACUAACGUUACUACUACUAGUUCUACUACUACAACGACCCCUCUUUUGUUGAACCAGACUUCUGCAUCUGUCACAGCGAGCAAGUCCGAGUCUCCUAAAACUAUCAUCCAGCCCGCAGGCAGCAUGACUGUCGGCCCUGCAGUGGCCAAGGGGGCUGUUUUGCAGGGGGUUGCGAGAACCGCAGCUCCGGCAACUGUUGCGGUAGCAUCAGCAUCAUCCAGCCCGACCAUCAGGGCCAGCGCGCCACAGGUGUUAGCGCCCCGACUUCCCCAGAGCAGCCCGGGCCAGAACAUCCAGAAUAUCCAGCUACCUCCAGGUAUGGUGUUGGUGCGCAGUGACAGUGGUCAGCUGCUGAUGAUCCCACAGCAGAUGUUGGCACAAUUGCAGGCCCAGACUCAGGCCGCCCGCCCUGCUGCCCCCGCCAGCACCACCCCUGCGCAGAUCACUCCUGCUCAGGCACCUGGAACUCCUCUUAUGGCCCGACAGGUGACCCCGACCACCAUAAUAAAGCAGGGCUCUCAUACAGCCAGCAGCACAGCCACAACCACGCUCCAGAGACCACCUGUACAGCAGGCCUCCUCUGUGGGUCCAGUGCUGUCAGUGCAGGCAGGAGCCGCCCAGAGGACUGUGACUGCUGCCACAGGGACCACCGUCUCCUCAGCAACGGAGACAAUGGAGAAUGUAAAGAAAUGUAGGAACUUCUUGUCUACGCUGAUAAAGCUAGCCACUAGCGGUAAGCAGUCGUCAGAGACUGUCGCCAACGUUAAAGAGCUGGUCAAGAACCUGCUGGAAGGGAAGAUUGAAGCAGAGGAGUUCACCAGCAGGCUCUACAAAGAGCUCAACUCCUCUCCUCAGCCUUAUCUAGUGCCUUUCCUUAAGAGGAGUCUUCCAGCUCUGCGACAGCUCACUCCAGACUCCACGGCCUUCAUUCAGCAGAGCCAGGCCCUCCAGUCACCCGCUGUGGUGUUGACCAGCCCCAACACUGCUGGAGGCACCACCACUUCCCCUCGUACACUCACCCAGCCUGCCCUCAGCAACUCCAGUCAGACAGCCUCACUGGUGUUGCAGUCUCCUCAACAGGGGGCAAUAGUGAAGCCCCCUCAGGUCACCCUAACCACCACCCCGAUGGUCACGCUCAGGGGUCAACCUCACAGCCACAUAGUGGUGGGUCAGCCUCAGUUACAGCUCAAACAGAUCCAGACAGUGCCACUGAAGCAGGGUGUGAUGGCCAGCACCAAACUGGUUCAUAGCUCUGUCAAUUUAGCGGUUGCUCAAAAGAAUAAAGCCAAGGACGGAGCUGGAGGAACUUUCAGGGAUGAUGACGACAUAAAUGACGUGGCCUCAAUGGCGGGCGUUAAUCUUUCUGAGGAGAGCGCUCGUAUUCUGGCCACAAACUCAGAGCUGGUCGGCGCAGUCACGCGGUCCUGUAAGGAUGAAGCUUUCCUCUCCGCCAGUAUGCUACAGCACAAGAUACUAGAGAUAGGCCAAAGGUUUGGAGUGACAGAUCUGGGUCCCGAAGUGGUGAACAUCGUCUCUCACGCCACUCAACAAAGACUGCAAAACCUACUAGAGAAGGUUUCAUUGAUCGCCCAGCAAAAAAACAUGACUUACAAGGAGGAUAGUCGGUACGAGCAGGUGGAGGAUGUUCGCGCUCAGCUCAAGUUCUUUGAGCAACUCGACCAGUUGGAGAAACAAAAGAAAGAGGAACAGGAGAGAGAAAUUUUAAUGAAGGCAGCUAAGUCACGCUCGCGACAAGAGGACCCCGAGCAGCUGCGGCUCAAACAGAAGGCCAAAGAGAUGCAGCAACAAGAACUGGCUCAGAUUCGACAGAGAGACGCCAACUUGACGGCGUUGGCGGCCAUCGGACCCAGAAAGAAAAGAAAACCGGAUUCUCCUUCGCUCGGGAUCGACACAGAGGGCUCAGGCAUGUGCGCGAGUGCAUCCGGGGGCUUAAAUGCAGGAGCGUCGAGGCAGUUCACUCGCCAGCGCAUCACGCGUGUAAACCUCAGGGAUCUGCUCUUCUGUCUAGAGAACGAGAGAAGCACCAGCCACUCACAACUGCUCUAUCGAGCCCUUCUCAAAUAGCAGACACACACAUGUCCUUCCCUCAUUUCACUCACUCUCUUUGUCAUUCCCUUCAACUGUUUCUUUACCGCUCUUUUGUCACAGUCUCACAUACAGUGAUACCUUUCCUUUCUCAAGCUGACUCGUGCUCUUCUCUUUCUAAUUGUUUUCUUUUACAACUUUUACUUUUUGCCUUGUUUUUUUAGCUUUUCUGACCCUUUUUGGAUUUUACUCUUCAAAUUGUGUUAAAAGAAAAUUGCAAUUAUAUAUCAUGUUUUUCAUAGAAGGUGGCUUUGUAAUGUGCAGAUUACCUAUGUAAAAAAACAAACAAAACACAAAAACAAAAAGAAUUCACAGUGGAAAUACCCAUUCAUUUUAUAUUUGUGUUUUUAUAAAGAUGUUUUAAGAAAU